GUGACGUCGUAGGAGGCUGUGUCGGUAUAUAGGAGAUGAGUCUGCGCAUCGUUCCGCUGUAUUUUGAAUUGUGAGGUCUUUCCUGUGCGACAAUAUACGAAGUAUUAAUUUUUUGAAAAUGCUCCGUUUCGGAAUUUUUUUGGCGGCAGCCGUAGCGCUAUCCACGGCAGCCCCUCAAGGUAUAUCAGACAACGUUAUAGAACUGGACCUGUCUCCUGAAGAGGCGGCGAAGUACCUGAGCAACCCACCCUUCACAGAGCCCAGACUAUCUGCACUAGUUAAAACACUACCAUUGGUUAAAUAUGACGACCCGAGGUUUCGUUCAGCUGAAGCCGGCCCCACUCUCGGUCACUACUGGAGAAAUGGACACGAGAUCGAAAACCCUGACGCCUACGUAGAAGAAGUGUACAACGCGUAUCAGUUCCACGGUCAAGAUGGCCUGGGCGCUUAUGCGUACGGCUACGAAACACCCGAGUCUUCCAAGGUCGAGAACAGAGUCCGCUCCGGUGACGUCACUGGCUCCUACACCUUCAAGGGUGAUAACAACGAGCUUAUCAAGGUCCGUUACUGGUCAGACAGCGAAGGUUUCCACCAAGAGGAUAACAUCCCCAAGGUUGUUCUGAAGCCAGUGGAGGAAGCAGAGGACGUCAGACAAGCUCGUCUCGCUCACGAGAAGGCCUGGGCUGAGGCAGCGGCUGCCGCUCGCCAGAACCCUGACCCACAGGGAGACUACUAUAAACAAUACGAUUACCAGCCCGCCGCGUCCGAAUUGAGCGGCUCCGUAGUUGCUGCUCCAGGUGAAGCUCGCGAGGGCAAAGCAUACAACGGCCAAUUCCCAUCUUACCCACCUUCACCGAAACCUGAGAAAUAUGAAGAGCCCGAACCUACUGGUCCCCCGCGUGGAUUCUUCUACAAGUUUGAUUACCCAGUCUCUAUCAUUGUCCCCAAAAACCCUGAAGAGAAAAACCCCAGCUUUAACGUACGAAAUAUACCAUACUAAGGUCUAGAUUAAGACUACAACGACAUCUUUGUUAAACUGGUAAAAGAAAGUAUUUCUGAAGCAAUAAAGAUAUUCAAGCAAUAUGCAGAUUUAAUAUGUAAUUCUGAGCACGUUGCAAUACAAUAUGACUCUAUAUUAUAGAAUUUAUAUUAGAACUCUAUAGUCAAGUAUGUUUUCGAUAACGAACGAACUUUGUUAAGAAUAUUUUCGAGUAAUUAUAAUGAAAUUAAGAAUGUAAUAGAGUUAUUCAAUUAUAUUGGUAUUUUAAUCGUUAAAAAAUUAAUAAUGUACUCAGUUUUGGUAAAGGUUAGACAUUUUAUGCUUUCUAUAAAAAUAUUUGUAUCUAUAUUUGGAAUUGUUAUCGAUUUCUAAUGACGUUGUAAAAGGUAGUAGUAUCCGUUGCCAUUUUAGUUAAGUAGGAUAAGUUAGCACUUUGUAAUCUUUCCUGUAAGUACUUUUCUUUGUCAUAUCACAAUAAAACAACAUUUAACUUCCAUGGUAUAUCUCUUUGUAAAUAGAUAACUUGAAAAUAUAAUACCUAUUUGCAGAUUUAACACAAACAUUUCUAAAAUUACAAUAAAAUAAAAACUAAAUUGGUAAAUAAUAAUUCCAGACUGGAGUUUAAAAGUGUAACAUUUAUAAAUAUUUAAAAAUUCAGUUUAAUUUUUGUUUAUGUUUAUUAUUUUUGAUUCGUAAAUAGUUAAACUCUUGAACCCAGUCGUGGUUAAAAUAUAGUUUUUAUUUAAUCAUUGGUAAUACUAAAUAAACUAUGUAUUGAGUAACAGGAACAAUAAAGUAUGAAAUUUUCAA